CAUCAAUAGAUGAGCUCUCAAAAAUUCCCAAACUGAAACUCUGGACCACAGACAAUUGACAGAUCCUCUACCUUCUAUCACAUCGACAUCGCAUUCCUUUCCAUCUUAAGUCAUAGAGAAUUAGAAAUAGAUCAGUUGAAUUGAAACUUCUGGUUUUGAAUUUCUUUCUCAAAAUUUUUCGAAAUAUAAUGUGAUUUUAAGUUAAAUUUCAAUGUAAUCUUCAAGUAAAGUUGUUUAAUUAUAAAUAUGGUUUUAACCAUACGUAACGUAGGUAAUGGUGUAGUAUACAAUAGAGGUCGAUAAUGUCUGAACUGAUACAUCACAUCUUGCCUUGCCAUACCUAAUUCAAUCAAUAACAUAAUAAAUAUUGCUUCCUUUCAAUAAAACUAGUACCUGUUAAUGUUCUUUUAUUAAAAAUUAUGAAAUAUGGAUGCUGCAACAGAAAAUUGGGACCCAGUACCAAUUGUUACAGCAUUGACACGUCUAUUAUCAUCAUUAAAAGAAGUCCAACCAGGUGGUGAAGAUGUGGCCUUCCUAAGUGAGCUGUUGCAGUCUAAACAGCUUCAUGCUCUUGUUCAAGUGCAUAAUAAAAUAGUGGCAAAAGGAAAAGAUGACAAAUUUUAUCCUCUCCUGUCUAAUGCAAUGCAAGUUACUCUUGAAGUUCUGGAAUUAUUAUCAGAUUUGGUUUCUGUAUCAAAAGAAUAUGAAGAGCUACUUAGUCUGUUACAGAAACCUCAUUUUCAAGCUAUAUUGUGCACACACGACGCCGUAGCCCAAAAGGAUUACUACCCACAUUUACCUGAUAUCCCACCAGAAGUUGAUGAAGAAGAAGAAACAGUGAAAAUUGUCCAACUAGUCAAAAGUGAUGAGCCACUGGGUGGAGCACAGAAUGCAGAGCCAAUAGUGGGAGCGACAAUAAAGACGGACGAAGAAACUGGGAAGAUCGUGAUUGCUCGAGUGAUGCACGGGGGCGCGGCUGAUCGAUCCGGCUUGAUACACGCCGGCGACGAGGUCAUCGAAGUCAAUGGCAUUAGUGUGGAGAACAAAACACCCGCUGAUGUGCUCGCUAUACUGCAAAGUUCAGAGGGCACGAUAACUUUCAAAUUGGUGCCAUCGUUCGGUAAAGGAGGGCUGCGAGAAAGCAAAGUGAGAGUUCGCGCUCUAUUCAACUACAAUUCAUCUGAAGAUCCCUAUAUACCAUGCAAAGAGGCUGGAUUGAAUUUUAAAAAAGGAGAUGUUUUACACAUUGUUUCCCAAGAUGACGCUUAUUGGUGGCAAGCGCGACGCGAAGGUGAUAGAGUAAUGAGGGCUGGCCUAAUUCCAUCGAGAGCGUUACAAGAAGGCCGCAUCAUUCACGAAAGGCAAUCCGAUCCACAGACAAUGGAUGGCAAGCCGGCACUCUGCAGUCCCUCCGCUACCAAUUCAGACUGUGCUCCGAAAACACCAUGCUCACCAACGCCCACAGCCACUGCCCUCCUGCCCUGCAAAUCCACACCCAAAGUCAAGAAAAUCAUAUACGACAUUACAGAAAAUGAUGAUUUUGAUCGUGAAAUGAUACCAACUUAUGAAGAAGUUGCGCGUUUGUAUCCAAGGCCUGGCUUAGUUAGACCCAUUGUCUUAGUGGGCGCUCCCGGUGUCGGAAGAAACGAACUACGCAGGAGACUUAUCGCUACAGAUCCCGAAAAAUACGUUACACCAGUACCCUAUACAUCUAGACCGCAAAAACCAAGUGAGCAAAAUGGAAAAGAAUAUAUGUUUGUGACUCGAGAGAAAAUGGAGCAAGAUAUUACAGAAGGAAAAUUUAUAGAACACGGCGAGUAUAAAGGAAAUCUGUAUGGCACAUCUGCAGAGAGUGUGGAAACUAUUAUCAAUUCAGGUCGAGUCUGCGUGUUGAGUCCACAUUGGCAAGCGCUGAAGAUGCUUCGAACACCACGACUACGGCCCUACAUAGUGUUCAUUAAACCACCGCCGCUGGAGAGACUGAUCGAAACAAGAACCGCCGCUAAUGCCCGUUCUACUUUCGAUAAAGAAUCCUCCAGGGCCUUCACGGAGGAAGAAUUUACAGAUAUUAUAAGGUCAUCGAAUCGGAUCAACUUCUUGUACGGAUAUAUGUUUGAUGAAGAAAUAUUAAAUGAGGAGUUGGCGAGUGCUCUUACUCAGCUACUGAAAGCGGCAUGGAGAGUUCAGUCCGAGCCUCUCUGGGUCCCUGCCUCUUGGGUCCAGUAAAACACUGGCCCUAUUUAUUACCCAGUAGGUUGGAACGAGUUUUUUAAUGUCGUUAUUAAACGGCGUUAUAUUAAAAACAGUAUUGUUCAUCAACCAAUUUUCUGUCAAAGCAUUCAGUUAGUACAAGAUAAUUAAUUUAAAUUGAAUUACUUAAGUAUGUCAAUGCGCGGCUGAUCAUAAACAAGUACUUAAUGUUUUUUUUUUUUUUUACAAAAUACCGUUAAUAAUAACAUAACUUGAUUUAAAUAGUUCAAAUAUUGAACAUAAAAUUUGUUUUCAAAAAGAUAUUAGUCCCGCGCUUACAUUAUAUUAUUAUUUACAUGUAAUAAAUAUAUUGAAGUCUAUAUAAAUCAAAGUGUUGAUGACAUUAAAGAGUGUAUUUUUUUUAUAAGCAAGCAACUGGCUGUGAAAAGGUACUUAUUUUAAAUUAUGUACCAUAACACUAAAUGACGGUAUCACAGCGGCGAGGCGACUGUGUCGUUUAUGAUGUAAUUAACAGGGAAUAAUCGUGUGGCCACAAGAUAAUAUCUGAGUUUGUAGACAAGUGGCAAACGAUUCCAUUUCUAAAUCGAAAAGAGACACCAUUUCCGGCGUCUUAUUGAUUUUAAUACUAGUAGUUGAUUCUAGAUAUAAAAAAAAUAGACGUCGUAGUUUAUUUAUGGUUAAAAAGUAAAAACGUAUUUAGAAAUGUGAUAAUUCGCUUGUCCCCGUUCUCUGACUAUAAUAAUAAAUCAAUAUAGCAAGGCAUGUAUUGAAUAUGCAUACAUUUGAGUGACAUUUAAAAUAAAUAAAUUUGCACAAUUAUAGCAUUCCUUUUUCUUUUUUUUUUUUUCGUUAAUUUUCAACAGCAAAUUUCAAAUAUUCUUGGUGUAUUUGGUUUAGAAAUACUACCUAUAUUCUUAUAUACAUAUAUGUUUUGUCGUGAUAUGUCUUUCUAUUCUAUAUGUUAAUUGUGUUUAUUGCAAAAUCGGAAAAAUUUGAUCUCAUUUUAUUGUAAUUAACCAUCAGUUAUAUCUAUCUCCAUAUAAAUUAUUUUAUUAAUUGUUUAUUAUCUAGUCAAAUGCUUUAGUAGAGAGACUAUGAAUGUAUAGUAUUAUGAAAUGCUACACUAACAUCUAGUCAUUUUGAAAUUGGAAAUUCGAAAAUACCUAAAUCAUGUUAAACAUUUUAUCGAUGUAGCUAUGGGAUAAGUGUACUGUAAUAGGCGAAUAUGAAUUUUAGUAUUAUUGUAAUGGAAGGGCUGUAUGUGUUUUAGAACAUUUAGUAAAUUUCGAACAGGAAAAUAAAAACCCUGGUCAUAUUGCGAAUAUUUUACUAAUUUAUCGAAUACUAAUUUAUCUUACUGGCAACAAUAACUCAGUGUCUGUUCUGUAUUUUUUAUUUGCUGAUUAUUAUUAUUUGAAAGUGAGCACUCAAGGCAGGGUUUCUAUUUGCCUGAUGGAGUUUUACGUUUAUAAUUGUUAUAUGUGUUUAUAAAAUAGAGAACGUGCAACUUUCAUCAAAAUGAUCUGUACCAAUCAAUAUAGACGAAUAAAAGUUAUUUGGUAUUUAUUGGAAAUUUAUUAGACUAACAUUGCUCAUACUAACUUGCUUUUUCAUUUCAUUUAAUAAAUUGUUAUUGAUAGUUAUUUAGUGUAAUGUUAUAUACACAUUUUAAAGUAAGUAUUACUUGUAUAUUCGUUAUUAGUGUUCCUUACCAGUACAUACAGAUAUUGUAGGUAAUCUAUAAAGGAUCUAACAUUGUCACAUCAUAACAUCUAACAUGUGUCAUUAGCCAAGUGCUGUUGAAGAUAGUUAUGUAAACCAAACAAAACUUAGAAUUUCUACAUUUUAAGGAAUUUUCGUUUAAUAGAAGUUCCUUAUAUACUUAGUUAGUUUUCACUGUAUAUUUGGGGUCGGUGUAAUAUAUUUUCUACUUCCAUUCAAUUCUAUUUGCAAAUUAGAUUUGUUUGAAUCGUACAUAUUUCUAUCGAUGUUUUCAUUGUUAAAUUAUAGUAAUUCAUACGAUAUUAUAGAAUCAUUUCUAAAGGGAAUAUUAAAUCACAUAUAUAUCGAUAGACCAAUAAAAUUAAAAUACUUUUAUUUACAGUAGUUCAUAACAACCCAACUUAUGAUGAAUGAGAGCUCAAAGAAGAUAUAGUUUUCAGUCUUCGGUACUACAUUUUAACAUUGUCGCGACAUGGGCAUAUAAUUUUUUUUUUCCUGGCAUGGAAAGAUUUUAGUAAAUAACGAUUCUAUUUAUAAAUAUCAAAUAGUAUGGAACACUAAUUACGUGUUAACAAUUUGAACAUUUCUUUCGAGGAUUCUUCUAAAAGGAUGUUCUUAUUAGAAAAUGCAUUUAUUACAAUAAGACUUCAGUAUACUUAAGUAACAGAAUAGCUAUUACAUGUAUAUAGUGUUUUUCUUGUAAAUCAUAUGAAUUUAUUUAGCCCAAUAUUAUAGGAAGCCUAUGAACAUAUUAAUUAUGUUUAUGUGUUCAUUUUUAAUGGUUAUGUUACCGAAUUUUAUAAUUAUAAUAUUAAUUAUCAUAUUAACAAGUAAUCGAGUAUUACAAGGCAAAUUGGCUGCGUAGUAGCGACACCCAAUUUUUUAAUAAAUUGAGAUAUUUAAUCACAAAAAGUAGCAAUAUCGUUUGUAACAAAACUUACAUUGAAUCAACACGGGAGAAAAACUCAAAAUGACAUCAAAAGCAAAGUGAAUUACCAAAGUUGAUUAGGGAUUGGCCAAAAUAUAGCGUAUAAUACAAAAAUACAGAUUAUUUUUUCACUUUUAAAGUUAAAAAUUUAGUCUCUCAAAAUAUAAUUACAUCACUGGAUUCAUAACAAGCUCAUAAGAAACCCAGACAAAUUUUUCGACGUAUGAUUUUAUUAAAUUGAUUAAUUGUAUUACGAGAAUUAUUCAUUUAUAUACGAGAAGACUCCUUUUCAUAAUAUUCUAAUAAAAACAUUAGAAUCUAUAAAUUAUUUACUGGGGUUGCUACCAUGCAGCAGGCCUUCAUGCACCAACGUUAGUUGCAUUGGUAUAAAACCAAUGGCUACUUGUGCCUUCGUACAUUCGAAAGUGAGUGAAUAUUAAUUAUAAUGUAAGCAUUAGUUACAUUAACCAAGAGAACAAAACUAAAUCUUUCACUAAGAUAAAGGUGCAUGGAAAACAUGUUUAUCUAUAAAUUAUCUUCCUUCGUGCCACAAAUCCACGUCGAUCAAAGAGAAAACCGAUAAUUCCAUACAGUAGGCUGUGGCUUGAUUGUAAUGGCAUAAUAAUGAAGGAAAUUUUAUAUGAUUCGAUCAUCAAUUAGAUCGAAAUGUAGCAAUUAUUAAUAAUUUAUUUUUAUUUAUAAAUAAAAAUUGUAUAACAAUUGAUAAAAAUGCGUAAAAUUGAAUUAGGCAAUAUCCCAGAUUAAAAAAGUUGCUUCAUUUAAAAACGAUGUUCUGCUAAACCUAUAUUCGUAUUAAGCACAGCAUUUUGCUGUUUGCAGUUUUUUAGGAUGGGCAGUAUAUAUUCCUAUCCUAACCUAGCUAUACCUAUGUGCAUUGAGUCGUAGUUGUGAUAAAACAUAAGGAAGAAUUAUGGAGUGUGCACUCAGCUUCAUAUAGAUCAUAAUUAUGAGUGACCGAUAAUAUCAUAAAGGACACAAAUGUAUUUUUAUGUUUGCUACCAAAAUAUUGUUUUUAUCCAUUGGUUACUAAAUAUGAGUCAUUAUGAAGGAUACCUUUUUACAUAAUUGCUGACUUUUGAUGUUCGAAGUAUAUUAGAUGUUAACAUAAAUUUUAAACUGCUUCCUACAUAAUAUUCAUUUAUGAACUAAUGAAGUUGACUGUACCUAAAGGGGAAAUAUUAUUGGACGUCACGUAUUUAGGAAAAUAACUUGCAGUUGAUUCCACUCUCGAAUCACUAAAACGUUUGUCGUGACAAAACUAAAUUGCUUUUAUUUUAAAUAUUUAGAACACAAUAUGCCACUUAUGUGCUGUACUUAUUAUAUAUAUCGAGAUUAUCAUGAUGUUAAAAAUUGUCUAACAUAUGAGUGAGCGUGACAAAAUAAAAAUAUUAUUUUGAAAAAUUCGAAAAUGACUAUGCUUAAAUUAAUACAAAUUUGAGACAACUUUUUUAUAAAUCGUUUCGGCUACAUGUUAAUGUAGCCUAAAAUUCCGUAUCUUGGACAUAACAGCCCAAGAUACAGGCGUACUUACAUACACAUACACUACAAGUAUUUGCUUUUUUAGACAAUCCGGUACAAAUAGAAAUUAACUUCGCUGGAGUGAUGAUAGCGAUGUUUGUAGUGUUAGAAAAAUAAGUCACAUCAAUAGACGCGAUUCUAGAAGUUCUGGUCAUCUCCUUAGAUGAUUGUGGCUGGUUUCUCAUAAUAUAGGGGAAUCUUGCUUAAAGUUCGAGCAAAUGAUACGAGUGGUUGGCAUAUAAAUGAAAUAAAUAUAAAAUGACUAAUAAUUAAAAUUUAUUAAUAAUAGACCCAAUAAUGGACACCAUAAGUCUGAAUAUACACAAUCGUUUAGAUCCUAUGUAAAUAUUUUUAAGUUAAAACUAUUAUUGGAGUCAAAAUGUAAAGAUUACCGUUUUGGAUUAGAAUGCUUAUAAAGCAUGGUCUGCAUUUAUAGGUAUUGCUCAUAUUCUUAGCCGAAUUUAAAUAAAUAAUGUUAUACCUAGUUUCAUUUUCAAUCUUAUAUAAAAUAUAUCUAUUCAUGUAAAAUAUAUUAGGUAGUGAUGCAUAAUUUGUUACAGUAAUGUUGUCAUAUGAGUGCUACUUUUUGUGUAGUUUUUGUGGGCCUAAUGUACAUAUUUGUGACAUAUUUAUAUUCACUGCAUCUACUACAUAUCCCUGUGCACCAUAAGGCGUUACAUUUAUGUACGUUUCUUUUGCUACAUCUAAAAUUGGUACGGAAAUAUGGCGCCUAGAAGCAUAGUUGUUUAAGUUUAUAAGAUUGUUAAGCCUUUCAAAUCACUUAUCGUAGCUGUAUCUGUCGUGAAACAAUAAGUUUACAGUACGUACAUAUAUGAUACAUGCAAUUUAUUUGCUCGUAUAUGUUUCAUGUACAGUAUAAUCUUGUUUAUGUAAAUUUUAAAACUAAUUAUCAUAUAUUUCUAAAAUAAUUGCUAUUAGAAAAAUCUACAACUAAAAAUAAUUCUAUUUGCUGUAUUAAAUACUUUGAUUACAUUUCAAGUUAACAUUCUAGUAUUGUGCAAAUUUUUUGCAUUUAAACAUCUUAUAUUAAUCAUAUACUUGUACCUAAUCUUAAAUUUCCAACUGGUAUUGAAAUGUAAUAAUUGUAAACAAAUUAAUUCAAAAUUUUCAGUGACAGCUUAAUAAGAAUAUUACUGCAUGAUUUAUAUUUUAGUUUGCUAUGCCCAUCUUUGUCUCGAUGAAUCAGUCUAUUAAAAAUUGUUCGAUUAUCUUUGGAAAUUGAUAAAUAAUUGCGACGUUCUCCCACUUCGGUAAGCUAAGGUAUCAACUAUAGAUUAAGGACUUUCUACAGUAUGAACGCUCUUGAAGCGUUCAUAGACGGAGCUAACAAAGAAAUUUUGUUGACAAGUUAGCAAAGACUCAUCUAUGCAGUAUAUAAAUAAUUCGAGUACAAUAAUAAUUUACUCAUUUAGUUUCCAAAUACUACAAAGUUGAUGAUCUAUAGCAAUAAAUUAAUCUAGAAAUUA